AAAGACGGUUGGACAAACUUUACGCUGCAUUGUUACAAGAUUUUUUUCAGGAUAAGAACUGAGUCAGCCAAGUUGCAUCUUGUUUAAUUUUCAAGACUUCAAGACCCAUUUGAGUAAAAUAAUGAUGUACAGCCCACUGACAUUUGUGCUGUUUGUUGCCCUGACCUUUCAAAGCACUGUCGCAAUAGAAUAUUCGCGGAUUGGUUGCUACAGGGAUACUCUGGUAAAGCCAAGACCUCUUCCAGAGCUGAUAGAAAACUUCCGAGGUGGUCGAGUAGACUGGAAUAAUUUGAACAAUACCAUAGCUGCUUGUGCUGAAGCAGCCAAGAAAAAGGGAUAUCUUUACUUUGGACUUCAAUUUUACGGCGAGUGUUGGAGUGGCCCACAGGCUCAAUUGACCUAUGCUAGAGAUGGUCCCUCCAAGAAUUGUAGCAAAGGUGUUGGAGAAGAGCGAGCAAAUUUCGUGUACAAGAUCAAGCUUUUAGAGAAAGAAAAUGAAUGCACCACUUAUCGUGUUCUGGACUCAGCAGACAGGUCAAAGACAAACGUCAACACUGUCUCCCAAGGAGACAAGUGCGACCAUUGGAACUCUGGGUUUGUGAGAAAUGCCUGGUACAGGUUCACCGGCGCGGCUGGGCAAACCAUGGCGGAUGAGUGUGUGCAGGCAGGAAGUUGCCAGACCACAAUGGCUGGAUGGAUGAAUGGAACACAUCCCAAGGUUUUUGAUGGAAUUCAAAGAAGAAAAGCUUGUUUUAGCUCGGAAAGUAAUCCUUAUAAACGCCAGAAUAAUAACUGUUGUGAACGCCAGAUUUAUAUUCACGUCAGAAACUGUGGUGAAUUUUAUGUCUACAAGCUUCCAAGCACCCCCGGCUGUUUUCUUCGAUACUGUGGGAGCGGAGCAUCGACAUUAUCUUUUUCAGUUUUGUACGUUCUGAACAUGGUUUUCAAGACUAUCGUUUGCAUUCUGCUUGCGAGUCAAGUAUUCAGCAUCGACGUCAUAGACUACGUACCCGUCGGAUGUUACAAGGACAUACGCUUAAAUAGGGCCUUGCCUACUUUGCUCGCAAACUACCGCGUGAAAAACGCAAAAUGGCCAGAUAUCUUGGACUGGACUGAUUUGGAAAACUCUGUCAUUAAAAAAUGCGCCACUAAGGCUAAAGAGAGGGGCUAUUCAUUUUUCGGGAUCCAAUUCUAUGGAGAGUGCUGGAGUGGAUCAGCAAGUCAAAGUACCUAUGCUAAACACGGUUUAUCCAAGAGAUGCACCACGGCGGCUCCAUAUGUGGGAAAGGAUCACGCCAACUUCGUUUACAUGCUUACUGAAGAAAAUGAAUGUAAAAGCUACAAAAUUUUUGACGACGCCUCCCGAUCUCAGUUUCAUGUAACUAACUAUGGACGCCCGAUUAGAUGCGACAAUGGACAGUUGGAUGAAAACCGCUGGUAUAGAUUUACUGGCCAAGCAGGUAGUGCCAUGGCAGACCAAUGUGUCCCAUCCAGCAGGUGUCAGACGUUUGGUACAGGAUGGUACAGCGGAUCUUAUCCUCAGGUUUCAGACGGAAUUCAAGAAGGAGAUGUUUGCUUCAAAUGGGAUGGCAAUUGCUGUAGCAAAAAAGUCAACAUUCGGAUUCGAAACUGUUCAUCUUUUUUCGUUUACAAGCUGAACAACAAGAUCAGCUGCCAGUAUGCAUAUUGCGGAAACGGGCAGUGAUUAGGAGAGGUCUUCAGUAAUGAAACGGGUAGUGAACUGACCCACUGUAUCAGCCAGUCAUUUUUAACAUUAUUAUCUGCUCAACACAGCUGAUAUCAAGAUAACAUAUUCAUUUAUAACAUUCUAUCAAGGUUU